AUGCCUUGGCUGAACCCUGAUGCAGAGCUUCCUAUCAAGGAGGUCUCGAAGAACCGCAAGCCUAUCGACUCGCUCCCAAACCUAUCGCGGCUUCUCGUCUGGGCAGCUACCACGGAUGGAAGAUUAUCUUUCUACUCUGUCGAGAACGAUGAGCUCCAGUCCACUCGUGUCCCGUACUCUCAGCUUCUUGCGGAGGCAGACGAAAAGGCUCGCAUCAUCGGCCGCAUUAAGGGACUAUCACCGGAGUCGAUCCUUCUCCUGCACUUUGAUAGCCAGCAAGAGAUCAUUGAGUGGUUCUGGGCUGCUACUAUUGCCGGGUAUCUACCAGCCAUUUCAACGCCCUUCGUCGAAGAUCUGGCGCGUCGCAGAAACCACCUACUUCACCUACACGCGCAGCUUAAGCAACCGGUCGUGCUUACGACCAAGCGACUAGUUCCAGAAUUCCUUGAACUCGAGGAGCUCAGGCUGCAUGACGUUGAGUCUCUUCAGUCGACCGCUGAUGAAGAUACUCCUAUUCGGCUCACUGGUUCUGAAAAGGCGGCGGAGGACGUGGCUGUCCUUAUGCUGACUUCAGGCAGUACUGGGAGUGCUAAGGCAGUGCCUUUGCGGCAUGGUCAGGUCCUUAGCGCUAUCCAGGGAAAAAGUGCACAUCAUGGCACCGUCUCCGGAGAUGCCUUCCUCAAUUGGGUUGGCCUGGACCAUGUUGCUAGCUUGACUGAGAUUCAUCUACACGCGAUGAGCCUGGGCAGUCAUCAGGUCCAUGUGCCUGCGUCAGAGCUCUUGCGUGACCCUCUGCAAUUUGUCCGGUUGUUAGAUACUCACAGAGUGGCUUAUACCUUUGCACCAAACUUCUUCCUGACCAAGAUUCGGGAUAGUUUGUUGGCCAAUCAGACCUUCAGGGCCGAUCUGUCGAGUCUCAAGGCUCUAAUAUCAGGCGGCGAGUCCAACGUUGUGGUAACUUGCGACGAACUCACCCGCGAGCUACGUCGUCUCGGCGUUUCAAACGAAGUGAUUCGUCCAGGUUUCGGCAUGACGGAGACAUGUGCAGGAUCUAUCUAUUCUCGGGCUUGUCCUUCUUAUGACAUUGAGCGGUCUUUGGAGUUCGCUAGUCUCGGGUCUUGCAUCCCGGGCAUUGAGAUGCGUGUCAUGAGCAUUACAGAGACGGGCAAACCAGCAGCCACCGGCGAGCCGGGAGAGUUGCAAGUCUCAGGCCCCGUCGUGUUUGAUCAGUAUUAUAACAAUCCGUUGGCAACCAAGGAAGCCUUCACGACGGAUGGCUGGUUCAUCACGGGAGACUUGGCUUGGAUCGACAAUGCCGGCAACUUGAAUCUGGCUGGCCGAACUAAGGACACUAUUAUUAUCAACGGUGUUAAGUGGAGCUCGACCGAGCUGGAGACAGCCAUCGAAGAAGAAGGGAUCGCUGGCGUGGUGCCCUCGUUCACGGUAGCUUUUCCAACCCGUGCUCCUGGCUCAGCCACCGAGGAUAUUGCCGUCGUCUACUCGCCGGCCUAUCCACCGGAGGAUCACCACGCGAGGUUCGAGACGACUCAGGCCAUUUCCAAGACAGUGUCACUCGUGACGGGCAAGAAGCCGGGUCGUCUGGUCCCUCUGCCUCAGUCCAUGCUGGAGAAAUCGUCGCUUGGUAAGAUCUCGCAUACUAAGGUGCGCGCUGCGCUCGAGAGCGGCGAGUAUGCGUCCAUCGAGCGUGAAGAUCAAUCGCUUCUUGCACGCUACCGGCAAUCAAACUGGCGCAAGGCAGAGACCGAGACCGAGAGGACUGUGCAGAAAACCUUGGGUGAGCUGCUGAAGAUCCCCGCCGAGGAAAUCAGUGUGGACGAUUCGAUCUUCGACCUCGGUGUCAGCUCAUUCAACCUGAUUCUUCUGAGGUUUAUGAUUCAAAAAGCAGUAGAGGCCAAAGUGGAUAUACCGAUGUCGAUCAUGCUAACAGAACCAACCGUCGGCGCCAUCGCAGCAUCAAUCGACUCUCUCCUAUCCCAACCGCCUGUAUAUACCGCAAUCGUGCCUCUCCAACCACGCAACAACCCCGGCAAUACACCCUUAUUCUGCAUCCACCCAGGAAGCGGCGACAUCCUCGUCUUCAUCGCGCUGGCCGCACACUUCCCCACGCGCGCCGUCUACGCCCUGCGCACCCGCGGCUACAACCCCAACGAGCGCUUCUUCCACUCCAUCGCCGAAACCGCAAAGACCUACGCCUCGCAGAUCCGACAAACCCAGCCUGUCGGCCCCUACGCGAUCGCCGGCUACUCCCUCGGCUCAACGCUGGCCUUCGAAGUCGCCAAGGUCCUCGAAGCGCAGGGCCAGGAAGUCAAGUUCCUCGCCAGCAUCGACUACCCGCCGCACAUCGCCCACUACAUCCGUAACCUCAACUGGACCGACGUCCUCCUCCACAUCGCCUUCUUCCUCGAACUUAUCGACCACUCCACCAUGUCGGACAUCACGCCUCACCUACACACGCUCACCCGCGAGGCCGCCCUCUCUCACAUUCUGCACAUCGCCGACCCAGAGCGCACGCGGGCCCUCGCCAUCGACAAUGACCAUCUCGGCCUGAUCAGCGACAUCGCCGAGAACUUCCGCGUCAAUGUCCAGUCCUACGAGCCUGUUGGGUCCGUCGACCGGUUGGAUGUCUUCGUCGCAGAUCCCCCGGUCUACGCGGCUCGGGAUCGAGCGGAUUGGCGCGAGAAUAAGCUUGGACGGUGGUCGGAUUUCUCCCGGUCGGAGGUCGUGUUUCAUGAUUGUCCGGGUAUUCAUGCGAAAAUGUUGAAUAAGGAGCAUAUGGCUGAUUUUGCGAGAAUCUUUAAGGCCGCUAUGAGGAAGAGGGGGGUUUAG